AUGUGGAACUUGCUGCAGAAGAAGCCACCUAUGGACCUACCUAAGAAGCACGAUCCCGGUCCUCCUCGACGGUCAAACCAGACCUUGGAUACCUUUUAUCCAAGUGGGCGAGAGUGGGCGCGCAAGCUGUUAUACUAUAGCGAGUGGGAAACACUGCCACAGCUGGAGCCGAUGCCGGAGCCGGAACCAGAGCUGAAGGAGGAGGCAAUGGUGCUUGAGGAAGAAGCUGGGGAUGAAGGAGGUGAUGAAGCAGAGGAAGAAAUAGAGAAGGGAAGCGAAGGGGAAGAAGAGCAGGAUGAAGAUGAGGACGAGGAGGAAAGUGAUGCAUAA